AUGCACAGUCCGGGUAGGACGAAAAUGGCCACUUUACAAUCGCACUUUUCCCUCCAUAGUCUGUGUGCACAGUGCGAGUGGGCUCUGCAUGGUGAAAUCUGGACUUUCUGGGGCUGUUUCCUGCAAGCUCUGGGCGGAAAAGUUCUCCUCGCUGUUUUCUGGGGGUAUGCAUGGACGUAUAUGGGCAGUAGGACGAGCGCGCGCACAUACUCCACUUUCUGCAAUUGGGGUGGCCUGUGUGCCCACUCUUGCGAGAUUAUGCUUGUGCUGGCAAGUAUAAAAGCAAGCUCUUUGGCGGAAAUGGGGGCUGUUCGUGUGGGUGCUAGUGCUUCAACCAGAUAUAUCCUCCACUUCACACGAUUCGCGCGAAGUUAUGGUUUCUGCUUUAUCCCACGAGAGGUUUUGCUAGAAAGACUCCUGCAAGGGGGAAGAAAUGCACAGAGUUUUUCCCUUAGAUCUUUUGCCCGCCCGCACGAACUACUGCCCCUUUUGCGCGGCAUUACUGCACUGAAUUCAUCCGUUUGUCGCGCUGUUUAG